GGAACGUCUAAGAUGGUCGACUUUGAAAGAAUAAAAAGAUUUCUUUAAGUGAUGAAUAUCUUUUUACAGUCAAUGGGAGACAUGGCAACAAGAAGAGUGAUUCUUUAUUAAUGGAGAGAAAAGAAACUUUUUUCCUUCAUUUUGAACAAAACUUAAUGCGUAUAUGAAUUGCUUAAUAAGCGAUAUUUUAUUAGCACAUUAAAAUCCUUUCAACCGAUGAAUGUUCAAUUAAAACUGUUACGAAACAAAACAUUUAACGAUGCGAAUGUGUUCAGGUUGUUGUGGAAGUUUUAUUUGAAGAUUUGUUUUCGAUGGAAAAUUAUUGAACAACACGAAAGUGUCAAGGAAGCAAUUUUGUUAAAACAUAAACAAUUCUUGAUAGCUAAAAAAAUCACUUAACGAAAUCGUAAUUUUUAAUUUCAAUUAGAUAUUUAAGUAAUCUCACAUAAAAUUUCAGUAACAUUUCAACUGAGUGACUGUUAGCAAUCUCUCGUAACUCUUUCGCUCAUUAAAAAGCAUUAAAAGUGAAAUUUCUUCUUACAUGAUUGUCGAACUAGUUUUCCAUUAAAACUGCUUAAUAAUCAGCAAAGCAAAAAAACCAAAACUACUCGUGAGAACUUAUUUUUGGUCAUUAUUGUUAAUGUUCCAUGUUGCAAGAUUGAAUGAUGGAAAAAACGCGUUGAAAUGCAUCAUUAAAGUUGUCGGAAGUGCAACAACCUUAAAGACGUAUUUGAACUUAUAUUGUUUAAUAAAAGCUUUCACUUUUACCUACUUUGCAUCUCAGAUCGAUGCACUUCUUUCUCUGCCAGAAGCGAAACAUAAAAGAAGAAUACGAGCUACCAAGUUGAAGUCACGAUUUCAAGCAAAAUGUCUUCAAAUAAGGAAGCAGUUUGAGAACAAAACGAUUCAUAGUGGUGAACGUUGUCGAUUGUCAAUUGCUUAA